UGCUCAGGGUGGGAGGAAGGAAAGUGCUAUCAUCCAGGACGUCCGAGUACAGGACUGUGCAGGGUGCUGGAGGGUCUGCCAGGGACUUGCCACAUGCCUGCGGUUCAGCUGAUGGGACCUUUAUCUGUUCUAGAGUGUGAAUAAUGACUAAGAGGAGACGUGUACUGGGAACUGCUUGGCAACCUUUGAGGAGAAGGAGGGGACUUUGUCUACUGGCUGCCAUUGCCUGUGUGUUGUUCUUUGGUUUCCUAUUGUUCAGUAAAAAUGCAGAAGACAAUAAUAGCCAAAAUUUUGGGGGUCUGAAAGCCAAGGAACAUCAUGAGCGUAGAGAUGCACCUGUCAUUGAAAAGGAAGUAGAUUAUCAGCAGUUAAAGAGGCCAGUGUAUGAAAAACCACCAUUCGACCCUCAAGCCUUGGGAGAAUUCGGUCAAGCAGUGAGACUCAAUCUUCAAGGGGAAGACAAGAAGCUGGAAGAGGAAAGUAUCAGCAAACAUCAGAUCAACAUCUACCUCAGUGACAAGAUCUCCUUACAUCGUCGCCUGGAGGAAAGAUGGAAUCCAAUGUGUAGAACUGUGAAAUAUGACUACUAUAAGCUACCCAAAACAUCUGUGGUCAUUGCCUUUUAUAAUGAGGCCUGGUCAACACUUCUACGAACAGUGCACAGUGUCCUGGAAACUUCUCCAGACAUCCUUCUUGAAGAAAUUCUUCUGGUUGAUGAUUACAGUGACAAAGAUCAUCUAAAAGAACCUUUGGAAAAGCAUAUCUCAGGGCUAAAGAAGGUACGACUAAUCCGUGCACACAAGAGAGAAGGUCUGGUACGAGCGCGUCUCCUUGGAGCCUCCAAAGCAACAGGAGAAGUGCUAACCUUUCUUGAUUGCCAUUGUGAGUGCCAUGAAGGCUGGCUGGAACCAUUAUUGGAGAGGAUCCAUGAAAAGGAAACUGCAGUGGUUUGCCCUGUAAUUGAUGUGAUUGAUUGGAAUACCUUUGAGUAUCUGGGCAAUGCUGGAGAGCCUCAGAUUGGUGGAUUUGAUUGGAGACUUGUCUUUACAUGGCAUGUAGUCCCAGAAAGAGAUCAAAAACGCAGACGUUCACCCAUUGAUGUCAUCCGUUCCCCAACCAUGGCUGGUGGGCUGUUCGCUGUGAGUAAGAAAUACUUCGAAUACCUAGGAUCUUAUGAUACUGGAAUGGAAGUGUGGGGAGGAGAAAACCUGGAGUUCUCAUUUAGAAUCUGGCAGUGUGGUGGAACACUUGAAGUUCACCCAUGUUCCCAUGUGGGACAUGUCUUUCCAAAACAAGCCCCAUACUCUCGUAGUAAAGCACUGGCUAACAGUGUGAGGGCAGCAGAAGUUUGGAUGGAUGAAUAUAAAGAGCUUUACUACCACCGAAACCCACAUGCUCGCAUGGAACCUUAUGGAGAUGUGACAGAACGAAGGCAGCUAAGGAAGAAUCUGCAGUGUAAUACUUUCAAGUGGUUUUUGGAAAAUGUUUACCCAGAACUUCAUGUUCCUGAAGACAAUCCAGGCCAUUUUGGGAUGCUAAAAAAUAAGGGAAUGGCUAACUAUUGCUUUGACUACAAUCCUCCAAAUGAGAACGAUGUCACUGGACAAAAGAUUAUUCUCUACCCCUGCCAUGGAAUGGGGCAGAAUCAGUUCUUUGAAUAUACAACUUAUAAUGAGAUCCGGUACAACACACGACAACCUGAAGGUUGUGCAGCUAUAGACCAAGGAUCUGACCAGUUAACAAUGUUCUUAUGUCGGGAAAAUGGGAAAAGUGUGCCUGAAAACCAGAAAUUUAUUUUCAGAGAGGAUGGUACUCUGCUGCACCAGCAAACACAAAAGUGUGUUCAAGCUGAGAGAACUACCAGCACGGGGAACCCUGUACCUGUAUUAAGACCUUGUUCAAACUCUGAUCUACAGAAAUGGUUUUUCCAGGAGAGAAGCUGAUCCAAUUAUUUGUAGACUGAUGCUGCUACUACUGAUUGUCCUCUCCCAGGAUCAGGAAGAUUAUUUGCCUGUUGGUAAUUCAUCCGCUCAUGUCACUGGCAAAAACAUGUCAUAAAUGUAUGAAAUAGAAACUCUACUGGGGUCAUUUUGGUGGUGUUAUUCUAUUUUUGACUGUCCCUUAUAUGAUUAUGGCUGGUGAAAUAGUUAAACUGCAUAAAAUGGGAUUCAUUUUUCAGACUCUGGUGUAGGAAAAAGACAUUGAAAUGUCUUCCUUUUUAUGUGUAGAAUGGGAAAUCAAAACUGAUUAUUUAUGUGAUCGUCUAUUUAAAUCCUUUUAAAUUGUGUUUGAAUAUUUCUUUCCUUUGGUUGCUGGUCAAGCCACUUUUUAUAGAUUUCCGUCCUUUCAUGUAUUUUAUUUUGUUGACUGCUCAGGGCUAAGUAAUGUGACAUGUUAUAUAUGGCACAAGAUGGACUGAGUUGUGUUCACUUUUAUAGGUCUAGGUAGACCAAUAAUGCCUUAAUUAAUUAAAGGUGUUGUCCAACUUCUAAGUGGGUUUUUAAUAACCCUCCACUGAGCGGGACCCGUCAAGGGAAGCAUACUUAACCACUCCCCAAUGCUAUGUGGGUCCACUGCUGUCUUCACUGCGCUUCAUUUCCCACAUGUAAGCUUCUGGCAUGGAGUCAAUGACGGUCUGCACCUAUGACGUGUCCCCAAAGUGGCAUGUGACCACAGUAAAGCACAGUGAUGACAACAUUGGAGCCAAAACUGAAUGUUGAGGAGCAGGUAAGUAUGGCUCCUUUGAUAUGUUUUGCUGGGUGGGGGAUUAUUUAAAGCCCACUUAAACUGGUUGUGCAACUUCUCUUUAUAGCGUAACCUCAUUAUUGCCACAAAUAAGCCUAUUAAUGUAGGAAAACAUACAUGUCAAUCACUAAUUAACUAAUAUUCUUUAUAAAACAACUAGUGCUACAGGUAGUUGCAUACUUUAAUAGAGUACUUUAAGUUAAACCAACCACAUUAUGUUUCUGGAGAAAAAUACUUAAGUUUCUAUGAUGAAACUUACAUCUAAAAAUAAAUUUUAGGCUUCUUUAAAGUGGUUGUCCGGGCUUUUACUAUUGUUGACCUGCCCUCAGGAUAGGUCAUUAAUAUCAUAUCGGCGGAGGUCCGACACUUUGCCAUAUACAGCAGCAGCGGACAGGAAGAGAGAGAGGAGACGGCAUGUGCGCACUGUGCCCACCGUCUACUCUUCCAGCUGAUUGGUGGGGGUGUCAGAUCCCCGCCAAUCUGAUAUUGAUGACCUAUCCUGAGGAUUGGUUAUCAAUAGUAAAAGCCCAGAACAGCCCCUUUAAGGCAUAGUAAUUAAUUAUUAGGUGACUUUUUAAAUAGCUUUUUUUAAUUAAACAGGUUAUAUUUUGUCCAUUUUUGUAUAAAAUUAAUUUGUAUGUUAUUAUUUAAAUGUCAUUAAACUAAAAUAAUAUGACAAAGCAAUAUAACAUGUAAAACUCUGUGGGUGCAGAUUUACUAAUCCUGUAGAUGGUGCAAUCUUAGGCUGUCUAGACCACCACAUUUAUCACAGUGGCUCAUGCUGGAUGAUACAUUUUUGUGCACAGCUAGACAAUCUUGUUUAACUCUACUCAGAAUUUUACUCCCUUUCCCACUAAACCACACUUUUUCUAUUAAAAGAGGUUGUGCCACCAUAAGAUCUUAUCCCUAUCCACAGGAUAGGGGCUAAGUAUCUGAUCUGUGGGGUUCUGACUGCUGAGACCCCCACUGAUCACAAGGAUGAUGAGCCAGAAUUGAGUGGUCAUGUAUGUGUGCUGCUGCUGCUGCUCCUCCAUCGAGUGCAUCUAUUCGGACUAGAAUGGAGCGUCAGCUGGCAUGCUUGUCUGCCACUCCAUCGACUCUGGCACUUCCUUCCUUUGACAGGUGGGAGUCCCAGUCAGACUCCUACCAAUUAGCUACUUAUUACCUAUCUUAAUUUUGGACCAACAAGUCACACCCAUUUGGUGAGCUACAUGCAGUGGACUGGCCCACAAUUGUAUAUGUGCGCCAGUAUUGUUAUAGAACCCCCUUCUUUUCAUAGAGCUGUAAGUAGUCAUUCAUGGAACUAUUGUAGAACUAUAGUUGCUGAACAAAAAAUUACACAGGGAUCCUAGUUAAAAAAAAAAAGUACGGAAGAAAUGUCAAAAUUAGAUUAUAGCAGGUCAUGGGCAGGGACGCCUAUACUGAAAUAUUUUCCCUGCUUGCCCUGAUGCUGUCUUAAUGACCAUCAUCUACCACUAGAUAACUCCCUGCUUAUACUGUAGAUUUCUAUAACCCAGAUAGCGGCUGUAUAAAUCCAUGUGUUCGCUAGUGGUAUCUCCAUGCAGAUAGAAUUGUAUCUCUAUUUCCUAAUCAAGACUAGAGAUUAACUUCUUUUUUUUUUUUUUUUUUUUUUUUAUUGAGUUAUUGUUUUUCAGUUAUAACAAAGUUUUACUAUUUUGUAAAAAAAAAUCAUCUGUUUCUAUUUAUAUGCGGGCAAUCUGUAUUUCUAAUAUAAGUAAUAGAAAAUAUUUUUUAUAUCGACAUUUUAGGAAUUUUUUUGUGAUUUUAUCAACAGGUCCAA